AACCCACAAACCCAAGGAGCAAGGAUUAAAAAUCAGGCCCAUAAUAUCUAAUGUCAAUGGACCAACCACCAGGAUUUCAUGGCUGCUCGCACGCCUACUCAAGCCCCUCCUUCAACAGGUACCUGCACACCUCGAAAGCAGUCUACAACUCAUUGACGCCAUCACGUGACACCACCGAAAACCUCAAUUUUCCUUACCCUUUCAGCCUAGACGUCGUGGCACUAUACACAUCUAUCCCAGUCCAGGAAGCCAUCAAGAAUGUAUCUGAUAGAAUGGGAACUUCCAUCAACCAUUAUACUAACGCCAACAUCGUAGACCUACUGACCAUCGCCACUCAAAAUGUUUAUUUCACUUUUGGCCCACACAUCUAUCAGCAGAAGAAAGGCCUCCCUAUGCGCUCAAGCUUCUCGGGGAUACUAGCCAUCCUCUUUAUGGACACACUGGAACGGCAAUCCMUCUCAGCCUGCACCUAUAUUAGCCAAUAUAGCAGGUACGUCGACGAUGUUUACGCCCAAACCAGGGACGAGGAACAUGCAGACAGGUUCCAUGCGAUAAUGAGAUCACAACACAACAACAUUGACUUUGAGAUAGAGAAACCCACCAAAACACCUGAUGGCCACUCCCUCUCACUACUUGACUUCGACUUCUACAAGAAGAAGGCAAAGAAACCGCUACUUGUUAAUUAUCGAUCAUGGCUCCCCAGAUCAUCCAAAGUCAACUUCAUCAUGAAUGAAAGAAAACGGAUAAAGCAAAGAUGUACAUCUACGAACACCGCCACACAACGAAACUUGGAAUUUGACGAAAUCCUGAAGGGAAACGGAUAUCCACCAAACUUCAUCAACGAAACCAAACUUGAAGCCAAGCAAAGAACCGUGGAACAACACCACCCCAACGACACUAACCCAGACAAAUGGCUUUAUUUCAGCAUCCCUUACAUAUCAGAUAGUCUCGAUAGACGACUCAAGAAUAUCUUUCGGAAGGAGGGUCUCAACAACCUUGCAAACGUCGAAUUGGAUGACCAUCCAACAUGUUUUAGUAUGACAUCAGUAGGCACAGAUUUACUUGCUUUACUUACAGCAGCUGACUUUUUGCUGUGUGCUGRAAACUUCUUUGUAUCAAUUCCGCAGCUUUCAAGUACCAUUUUAAUCCAGCGGCCUAUGGUACUCACCCCCACCGCUUUGUGA